AUGCCAGCAAAAUAUUAUAAGGGAAUUGGGAAACUACAAGGGGGUUAUAUCUUCUUCGCUAUGGGCAAACGUUCCGCGUCUGAUCAUAUUCACGAGGCUACAAAUUAUAUAAACUACCUGCAGAAUAAUAUCCAGGAACUGGAAAUCAAGAGAGAUACGCUAAAGAAAUUAUUGAAGGAACAAAACUUUAAAACUGGAAGCUGCAGCAAAACUUUACCUAUUAUUGUAACAGUAAAAUCAUGCAGAGUUGGUAUUGAGGUUUCAAUAACUGGAGAUUUUACCAUUCCAUUAUCAAGUGUGCUGCAAAUACUGGUAGAAGAAGGUCUGAAUGUCAUCAGCUCUAUUUGCACCAAAGUGGAGGGAAGAUCACAUUAUGCUAUCCAAUCCGAGGUUAUGGAUGUUUCCGGCGUCAGCCUUGAUAUGCUACAAAGGAAGCUCGGUUACACGAUCAAUCACUGGAUAAAUUAUGCGUAAAUUAUGUAUUUUUAUGCUAACAAUAAUUUUUUUUAAUUCGAUCUGUAGACCCCAAAACUGCAGGCAUUUUAUGCUGUAUUUCCA